UAGUAAAAAUGCACUUUUGCCAUAGCCAUACGCGUUUUCUUAUAACCAAUCACUUUCAUUCAUUUUUAGGUCAAGUUGAAAAUGCUAGCAGCCAGCUGAAUCCUAUUUUCAAAACCGAGCAAGGCAAAUAUUUGGCUAACAAUCUAGCUGACCCACUCAUCAAAGCACUCACCGAAAUCGCCAAUAAGCGACCCGAAGAUCCUGUCGCAUUCCUUGCUAAUUAUCUACAAAAUUAUCUUCAUCAACGCGAUCCCAUAGAGGCAAGCAAUAGUGGCAAGACCAACUCGACAGCGCCAAUUAGAUCCAACUCGCCCUUGUUGCGACGCACGGGAAUGGGUUCGGUGCAGGGUGUUUACAAUGGUAACGGCGGCGAUGAAGAUCGCAUAGAAGAGGAUCAUAUACCGAACGUUGAUGAGGAAGAUGACGAAGAAACGCACGCCAAUCUCGAUGACCGCGAUGAACACGGACAAAGUAUGCUGCAUUUUGCUUGUGCACGUUCCCAUCGACGCGGUGCGCUAAUGCAUCUAAUCGAAGAAUCGAAUAUCGAUAUAACAUAUCGCGAUGAAUUGUAUCGAACGGCGCGUGAUGUAUCGCUGCAGGCAAAUCAGCCAUCGAAUGCGAAAGAUAUCGAUCGUUAUGUGCUAUCGUUGGCUGUGAUUG